ACGAUGCAUCAGAUUGUCUACUUAUAGUGUACAAAAAUUUCAAAACUUAUGUCGCAAUAGUAUUUUUGAGAUUGUGUUGAAUCCUCUAUAUAUUAGAUACGAGUGGUGUAAGAGGAUGAACAAAGAGGGGAUAAAGGAAAUAGCUAACGAGCGAUAAAGACACAGGAUGAUAGAGGGGGACAAAAUGUCUACGGCUCUCAAUAUGUUUACUAGCAAACGUUUACAUGCAACGUGACAUGCUUGACAUUGUUCAAGAAAUGAUUGAUGAAAUGAUAGUAAAGCUGUGGCGUGAUGGCCGUAUCGUUUAAUCGGUAUCUUAUUUUACCGGAAAUUGAAAAAAGUGAGUUUAAAGUAUCACAAGAAAAUAAACAUAAAUAUACGGAUGAAAAUACUACAAGAAAUUUGUCUAAUGAACAAAAAACCUCCGUGAUACCGGCAACUGUUCCCUUAUGUGUCCUGGGUGAUGUCCAGUUACGUUUCCUUUGCCCAGAUGAUUUGGAGGAAGUACGGGCACUCUGUCAGGAUUGGUUUCCAAUUGAUUAUCCUUAUUCAUGGUAUGAAGAUAUAACAAGUUCCUCACGGUUUUAUGCACUUGCAGCUGUAUAUGGUGGAGUAAUAAUUGGACUUAUUGUCGCAGAGAUAAAGCCUUAUGCCAAAUUGAACACAGAAGAUCGUGGUAUUUUGUGUUCAAGUUUAGGAAAUGAUUGUUUAGUGGGUUAUAUCCUUAGCUUAGGUGUGCGUCGUGCAUAUAGAAGAAAUGGAAUUGCUUCAUUAUUAUUGGAACAAUUAUUAGCACACGUUACUGCUCCAGAACGUUCUUCCGUAAAAGCAGUCUUCCUGCAUGUUUUGUCCAGCAAUGCCCCAGCUAUUUUGUUUUACCAGAGAUGUCAUUUUCGAUUACAUAGUUUUCUACCAUAUUAUUAUUUAAUUCAUGGUAAAUGUAAAGGUGGUUUUACAUACGUUUUGUAUGUUAAUGGGGGACAUGCACCGUGGGGUAUCUGGGAUUGGUUGCGUCACAUAGCCAGUGCAAUGGCUAGUCUUGGACCAUGCAGAGUACCACGUUGGAUUUGGCAACGGCUUCUUUGGGCUACUACUAUUCUUUCAUAUCAUAGAUGAUACUUUUUAACGAAUACCAAUGUUAAACCAAAUACUUGUUUUUGCCUUAUUUUUUAAAACAUGCAUAUAGCAUAAUAUAUGCCCAAUUUGGAUGUUGUGCCCAUUCAAGCAAUAAAAUUAUUAGCUUCAUAAUUGUUUUUACAAUUUUACGAAUGAAAUUGUUGAAACGAAUCAUUUAUUGCUAAAGUGACAAUACUUAAAUCAACAAACAUCAGUUUAUAUUCAAUUGAAAGUAAUAUAAGCAAACAAUUUUAUUAUAUAUGUUCCAUUUCAUAGUUCUUUCACCAUGGAUUAUAUUAUGAAGUGAUUCAGUAGUUUAAUGUUUAAGGUAAAUAAUAUAAAUAUUAAAAAUAAAGCGUUUAACUGCCAGAGAAUUUGAUCGAUUUAAAAUGAACGUUUUUGAAACACAUUAUAUGUGUAUUAAGGGUUCAUAUUUUGUUAAAUAUAAAAUAUGUAAACAUUCAAAGAUAGAAUUCAUUACAGAUUAAAAUGAAAUAUUGGUGAUGGGUUAGAACUUCUUAAAAUAUCACUCAUUAUGUUGAACUGUUAGAUACAUUUUAUCAUCUUGACUAAAUAUUUUGAUACAUAUUGUUUAAUCUUCGAAAUUUAAAAUUAAUAACAUGCAUGACUUAUUAUAUAAAUAGUUUUUAUCUUCUGUUUCAUCAUUUCUUAGAUUCUUCUGUUUAAGUCUGGAUUUAAUUCUAGUCACAUAGCUGAUUGAUUUUUUAAAUAAUUUUUUGUCAUCUAUGGUUUUUUCAUAUUUCUAUUAUGAUUUUUAUUACACGUAUUCUUCUUUGAGCUUAGAAAAGAAUAUUUCUUUUAGCUUUGGUAUUUUAAAUAUUUAUUUCAUUAAUUUUCAUGUAUUUUACUUUAGAUCACUAACUAAAUAAAAUAUUGUUUGACUAAAGACAUGUGAUUCUGGGGCCAUUACCCAUCACCAGUUUAAAUACAAUUAACAAUGCGCUGUUCAAACUCCUCAGUCUUAUUACUAGUUGAAAGAUUAUAAUGAUCAUUGAUGCAGCAUAGAUGCUGAGACUGACAUCAUUCUUUACUUAGUUUUUUCACUGCAUACUCAUGACAGUAAUCUUUUUCUAAUUUUCCAAUAAUCAUUCUUCAUUCAAGUGAUACUGUUUUUUAAUAUAAAAGUGCAGUUAUUCUUCUCCCAGUAUACUACAGUAUUUUGGAGUAUACUGCACUUUGUUCUAAGAAUUAUUAUCAAUUUUUUGAGUGAAUUAGAAUUUUAAAUUUUAAUUGUACAGUUUGUUGAAAACU